AUGGAUGAAAUGACAGCAUCAUAUUCGGAGAUUUGCGACGGCCCUGACGAUGACUUGGAGAGGUGUGAGGAGCUUCCGCUCGAAAGGCCACAGGUCCUCAAACUCCCCGAAUCAUCUAAGAACGUUUCGAAGCCGGAGGAGUUCUUAAAACAAUUAGACGGGACGAUCACUAGAAACGGUGAAAUGAUUUCGUUCAUCGCCGGUAAUUUAGAAGAGAAGAUAAAACUAUCGAGCCCGACGACUGCCACCGAUUUUUACUGGAAUAGGCAGACUACAGGCGAGGCGAAACUGCUCGAAGAGCUCGAGCUGGAGGCUUCGGUUUUGGCCGCUUCUGUUGAUUCACUUACAGAAGCACUGGCGGAAACUCUUCACAGUAUAUCCGCUCUGACUGUCGACUGCCUUGAAUCUUACAGAGACGUCGUAUGUAAAGCUUGUGAUGCUGUUGAUACAAACAUAAAGGCGAUGUACCAACUGAUGGCAAAGUGUGAAGAAAUGUCAAAAUCAAUGGCUCCAAUAUACAAACUAAGCAGUCAUAUCAAGAACAUCAAACAUCUACUUGAUGUGUUUGAGGCUAUUCCUAGAUAA